AUGGCGUCGGAAUCCGAGGUCUACAGCUGGGAGCCGCACCCGCUCCAUCCCGACGGCACUGAGCCGCUGCACCGGAUCGCCGUGGACUACUGCCCGGAGGUGUGUCUCCACGAGCGCCACGCGGGGGAGAUCCACGUCACCUACGACCACCGCGGCGGCGCGCGCUGGCGCUCCCGCCGCCGGUUCCUCCCUGGCAGCGCCGUGGCCACCACGAUCCGCACGCCGGCGGGGGACACGUCGGGCCUCAACUACAACAUCUACCUGUCCUCCCUGGAGGGCUCCAAAGACCAGGACGAGAUCGACUUCGAGUUCCUCGGCCACGACAAGCGCGCCGUCCAGACCAACUACCACGUCGGCGGCGACGGCGGACGGGAGCAGAUCCACGCGCUCCCCUUCGAUUCUUCCGACGGAUUCCACCACUACGCCAUCGCCUGGGACGCGGCCGCCAUCGAGUGGCGCGUCGACGGCGAGCUCGUCCGCCGCGAGCAGCGGCGGGAGGGGGAACCGUGGCCGGAGAAGCCCAUGUACCUGUACGCCUCUGUGUGGGACGCCAGCCACAUUGCCGACGGGGCGUGGACCGGUACGUACCACGGCCGCGACGCGCCCUACGUCUGCAGCUACAAGGACGUCAGGGUGCCCACUGCCGAGCAUUCACUGGAAGAGGAGCCGCACCCGCUCCACCCCGACGGCACUGAGCCGCUGCAGGAGAUCGCCGUGGACUACUGCCCGGAGGCGUGCCUCGAGGAGCGCCACGUGGGCGAGAUCCACGUCACCUACGAUGCCCGCGGCGGCGCGCGCUGGCGCUCCAAACGACGGUUCCGCCCCGGCAGCGCCGUGGCCACCACGAUCCGUGCGCCGGCCGGGGACACGUCGGGCCUCAACUACAACAUCUACCUGUCCUCCCUGGAGGGCUCCAAAGACCAGGACGAGAUCGACUUCGAGUUCCUCGGCCACGACAAGCGCGCCGUCCAGACCAACUACCACGUCAACGGCGACGGCGGGCGGGAGCAGAUCCACGUGCUCCCCUUCGACUCCUCCGACGGCUUCCACCACUACGCCAUCACCUGGGACGCGGCGCGCAUCGAGUGGCGCGUCGACGGCGAGCUCGUCCGCCGCGAGGAGCGGCGCGAGGGGGAGCCGUGGCCGGAGAAGCCCAUGUACCUGUACGCCUCCGUGUGGGACGCCAGCUACAUCGCCGACGGGGCGUGGACCGGCACGUACCACGGCCGCGACGCGCCGUACGUCUGCAGCUACAAGGACGUCAGGGUGCCCACUGGCAAGGAUUUAGUGGAAGAGGAAGAGCAUCAAGAUGCAGAUGCCGCUGAUGCGCCUGCUGACGAUCCUGAAGCCGACGCCGCUGCUGAUGCUGCGGCGGCGGCGGCGGAAGAAGAGAAGGACGCCGGAGCCGGUGAAGUUUAG